AGUCGGUCCCAUGUGGCUGUUGUCAAGCGUGUGGUCCCAAAUCCUGUGUAGGUACCCACUGACAGACUUGUUCACAUCCCAUGACAGGAUCACCUCUAUCUAGGUUGGCUGGCUCAUUCAAAGGGAAGAAAACCAAACCCUCAGCAUUCGUUUAUUCAUAUCGUGUGUAUGUGGAGCUCUGUGUGUGCAUGUGUGUGUGAGAUGUGCGUGAGUAGAGUGUGUGUGUGUGUCUGUGGGCACACCUGCGCUCACAUGCAUGUGUGUGUGGACUACACAUGUGUAGAUGUAGAGCAUUUGUGCUGGAGGAGCGAGCGAGCAAGCGAGAGAGAGAGAGAGAGAGAGAGAGAGAGAGAGAGAGAGAGAGAGAGAGAGAGAGAGAGAGAGAGAGAGAGAGAGAGAGAGAGAGAGGAGCUCCAACCCUAGGACCAGGGCUCAGCAGGUAUGGACUUCUUGUUGGGGAAGAGAGCUGAGCAGGCCGUAGGUUAGCAGCCGGCGCUGGUAGUGCUGCAGUUCUAGCUUCUAGUUUACUGUCCACAUCUUAGGAAGGGAGAGAGAGUGAUGUGCAGGUGGGAAAGGUGUUUCAGCUUUGCAGGCCUGUGGACUUGUAGUCCUGUAUGCGCUCAAUGCCUUCUUCUGGGACCAGUUGAUGGCUGCUGAUUGCAGCAACGGCAGGGGGGCGUCAUCAUGUGAAGGUGGGGUCCUUAAGGGAAGAUGCGGCCAGCACCGCUGGACAAAGCAACGCAAGGACUGGCAUGCAUGGAUACGCCAUCUCCACUCAGAGACCACUUUGCAACAUGCACUCCUGAUAUUUCUGUGUUAACUAGGUUGGUGGAAUACCAGCAAGGCCGUGCAAUUGGAAGGUUGACAGGACUGGUCUUUCAUAUGAAGUGCUUGCUGUACCGCUGCAAUUGGCUAUUCGUGAUCUACUACACUGCCGAAGCCGAUAUGGCAGCGACAUCGUCCAGGAGGGCAAAUUCACUAUCUCAUCAUGUGGCUUUUAAAGCUGUCAGAUUGAUCUGCUACGGGAGAAGAGAAGAAGAAGAAGAAGAAGAAGAAGAAGAAGAAGAAGAAGAAGAAGAAGAAGAAGGAAAAGAGGGUUGGAUUGAAGUGGAAGGAGGUUUCACAGUCCCUUCGGGACGUCCAUUAAAAUUGGAACGGGACAAGUUUGUUCUCAGCAAGGCCGGGGCAGUGUACUGGCAGUUUAAAGGUGUCAGAUUGAUCUGCUAUGGGAGAAAGCAGAAGAAGAAGAAGAAGAAGAAGAAGAAGAAGAAGAAGAAGAAGAAGAAUGAAAAGAGGGUUGGAUUGAAGUGGAAGGAGGUUUUGCAGUCCCUUCGGGACGUCCGUUACAAUUGGAACGAUACAGAGAAGGAAGAUUAGCAUGACCCCUGCGCAAGGAUGGCACUCAUAAAUCGAAAUCGAGAAAUGGUUUCAAGUAGGUGGAGCAGGUUCCACAACUUCCAGAAUGUUCAUUCUGAAGAAGGGGCUCAGAUCCAUAGCCCAUGAAGGAACAGGGUAGGACUGAGAUCCAUAGCCCAUGAAGGAACAGGGGUAGGACUCGGAUCCAUAGCCCAUGAAGGAACAGGGGUAGGACUCGGAUCCAUAGCCCAUGAAGGAACANAGGAACAGGGGUAGGACUCGGAUCCAUAGCCCAUGAAGGAACAGGGGUAGGACUCGGAUCCAUAGCCCAUGAAGGAACAGGGGUAGGACUCGGAUGCAUAGCAAUCGAUAGCGUAGGAGACGGAACAGGGUAGGAAUCGGAUCAUAGCCCAUGAAGGAAAAUGCUGGGACUGUAGUGGCACCUCAUUCAGAUUGGAGGGCACAAAGGAGAGUAUCCAGACCGAACUGGCAGAUCAUUCAUUCCCCCUAGUAUCCAGAUUUUAGCCCGUGAAGGAGAAUAUUGAGUCUGAAAUGCCAUGUGAUUUCCAUUUCUUCAUCGAUGCCAACGGGGCAUGAGUAUUCGCCAGACUCCAGUUUAGAAUCC